AUGUCCAAUUCACCUUCUGCAGUUGCAGAAAAAAGAUUAGCGGAUUAUUUUGUGAUAUGUGGUUUGGAUCUGAGUUCUGGUCUGGAGCCUGAUCAGCUGGCUGGAGAAAGUCUGCAUUGUACACCUUUGGAUAGACCAUACAGAACGAAAGUUUUAGCUCAUUAUCCUGAAAAUGUGCCAUGGAAUCCUUUCGACAAAAGCGCAGUUGGAAUGCUGUGUUUGCCAAAAGGACUUACUUUUCGCACUCAAAAGCACAAACGCAAUCCUUUCUUUCAUUCAUUCAUCAUCACAAGAGAAGAUGGAUCUCGUACUUAUGGACAAUGUUAUACAUUUUAUGAGGAAGUUAGUGAUAGAAAAAUUUGUGAUGCAAUGCACACUUUACAGGCUAUGCACUUGACGGAACUUAGCAGUAGUAAAGUUCCUGGGAUCCGUAAUAUUUCUGAUGUUGGAAGUACAAGAUCGCUUCCCAGAUCUUUUAAACUUAGUGGUCGACAAUCCCAUGCUCAUUCAGGUGCAUUAUAUGACCUAACUAGAGACACAUUGUAUGUAACCAAAUGCAUCUGCCUCAUCACUCAGUUGCCAGUAGUCGUGGCUUGUCGGAAGUUUCUCGAAGGUCUACAUAAUGUGGCAAUGUCCCGUGAUUCUCCGCCAAUGAGGUUGGAAUCUUACGUAUAUAACAUAUUGUUUGAGGUGCCAUUACCACCCUCAGGUCGAAGUUUGAAAUUAACUUGUUUUGGGCAACAAGUUUUGUGCCAAAGGCCUGGUCCAUAUGAACUUCCAUUUUUUGAAUAUUCUUAUCAAGCAUUGUUCUCAACAUUAGGUGUAGAUAAUGUUAUUUUACUGUAUACAAGCGUCCUCUUAGAAAAUCAAGUAUUACUUUUUUCUGCUGACUAUGAUAAGUUGAUGAUUGUAGCUGAAUGCAUCACAAUGCUGCUUUUUCCAUUCACAUGGCAACAUGUGUAUGUGCCCAUCCUGCCUGCGUCAUUACAUCAUUUUUUAGAUGCACCAGUUCCUUACAUUAUGGGAUUAUGUUGUGGUAUAGAUGAACGCUCUCAGUUGUCCAUUCCUGGAGAAGCUAAUCUGUGCUUUGUUGACAUUGACAAUCAAAUUGUUGAAGUUCCAGAAGACAUUCCAAAGUUUCCGUGCCGUAAUGAAUUAGUAUCAGAGUUAGUUGACACCAUGAAGGCUUUUGGUGUCUCAUCUAGUGAAAAGGGUCUUGAUAGAAACUCUAAUGAAAGACAUUCUAGAAGUCGUUUGCGCAAGUUAUCUUGGACAUUUGAUAGUGGUGAUUCAGGUGUCAGUAGUACAGAUAGUAGCGCAAGAAGUUCUUACAGUAGUCUUGCCAGCACACAUAGUCAUAUUUUACAACAAAGUGAAGCCCUCCAAAAAGUCACUGCUCUAGCAAAACGAACAGGUGUCAUUACCAACUUAAGUGAUCUAGAAAAGCCAAAGAAAAUUGACAACGAUGGGACACCCAAAAACAGAAAUAACGAAGAAAUGCGUCAGUUUGUUGAUGUGCUAAAAUUAAAUAAUGCUGUGCGAGAAAUAUUUUUAAAUCAUUUUAUACAUAUAUUUAAAUCUUAUGAAAGUUUUGUCAUUCAACCAAAUCAGCAUGAUAUGGAACAGUGGCUUAGUACUAGAGAAACCAUGCAGAAUUUUGACAAAACAGCAUUUUUGUCCGAUCAACCAGAGCCAUACUUACCUUUUCUAUCACGUUUCAUUGAGACUCAAAUGUUUGCCACUUUGAUUGACAACAAAAUAGUUUCACUAUGGGAGGAGCCGGAUCCAUAUUUAAAGUUGUUUGACAUGCGGAUUAAAUUAACCCAAGGAGAACAGUGUAGUGAUGGAACAGUUCGUGUACCAACUUAUGAAAGAGGUCCCAUUUAUGAAAGAUGUACAACAUAUCAAGAAACAGAAGCCCAGAUUGAAAAACGAGCAACUGAUAUUGAUAUUAUAGCUCCCACUCCAAAAUCUAUUGAUGGAUCUUCAGAUCCUAUUGCAAGGAAAAAAAUUGGCCCCAUACAGUUUCCUUUGCUGGAUAGCGAUCUUCUGAGUGAUGAACCAGUAGCAAAUAGAUCUAGAAGAAGAUCAACAAAUACUCAAUGCAAGCGAAGAGAUCGUCGUAAUCAACAUGCUGAGCAUUUACAAAUCAACUCGGGCCAAAGAGAAUUUCAACUUGCUGAAAAACAUGCAGGUCUAUGGAAAAAAUACAUUCAAGAGGCAAGAACAAAAACCAUCCGAGGCCAAAAACAUUAUGAUGUCUCACCAGCAUCAAUAUCUCAAACUUAUUGGAAAUUUGUUGUUGCCUUGCUCAAAGAAUGUAAAAUGAGGACCAAACGUAUGCUUGUUGAAAAAAUGGGUCAGGAAGCUGUUGAAUUGGGACAUAAUGAAAUCAGUAUUACUGGUGUUGAAGAAAACACUCUUAUUGCAAGUCUUUGUGAUCUUCUGGAGCGCGUAUGGGCACAUGGACUUCAAUCAAAACAGGGUAAAUCUGCAUUGUGGUCUCAUCUUGUUAGUUACCUUGAAGUAGAAGAAUGUAAAUCUUCUGGGAAGCCAAUUGAUCCAAAUUUUUUAACCCCAGCUCGAUCCGAACCUUUCUGGAACAUAGGCUUACUUCUAAUCAAAAGUGGUGCAAUAAGCACUUUUGUUAGUCAUCUUACAAAUAUUGAUAUAUCUAACCUCACUCUAGAAAGUGAUCCUACUUCUCAUCGAAAAGAGAGCAACAAAGAUAGGAGGAAAGCAAAGACACCAGAUACGCCUACCAUAAAAUCUCUCCCAAUAUCUCUUGUUUACGACAUAAAAAAUGUUCAAGCUAUGACGGAAAUCAAAACAGAUAUUGGGUAUGCCAGAGCUUGGGUUCGAUUAGCACUUGAAAAAAAAUUGCUGCAUAAACAUCUACAAAAACUUUUAUCAAACCAAGAAUUAUUAAGGAGCUUGUAUAAAAGAUAUGCAUUUUUACGUUGUGAUGAUGAAAAAGAGCAGUUUUUGUAUCAUUUACUCACAUUAAAUGCUGUUGAUUAUUUUUGCUUCACUAAUACAUUUACAUCAACAACCAUGCCAUAUCGUGUAGUCAUAUUUCCUAGUCGAAAACUAAGUGCUUCUACCACUUCUGCUAAUGCUUGGAUUAUAGUUGCUGGAACUUUAGGUGAAACGAAAUUGAUACCACUUCCUCGCCAGAUGUUAGAAAUAGUUUUUCAGCAUAAAAAUUUAGGUAUUUUAACAACAUUGAGGGUAGGACAUGAUAACACUGGAAUCUCGCCAAAAUGGAUGGUGGAACAUGUUCUAGUGAGGAAUGAAAUCUCAGGCCACACAUACAAGUUUCCUUGUGGAAGAUGGUUAGGUAAAGGUGUUGAUGAUGGAAGUACAGAAAGGCUUCUAGUAGGUGAAAUGGUUCCCAGAGAUCAUGAUACUGAUGAAUUAAUGGAAACUUGUCGAACUCCCCCAAGGUGCAGGUCGCCUAGUGUACCACGUAGGCCCAGUGAACCAAAACUCACAGUUCCUGAAAUACAGCAAAUGCUUGGAGAUGCUGUGAAUAACAUAGUCAAAUAUUACUACAAAUCUGAGAAAGAGAGAGGCAGUCUUACUAUUCUCUUAUGUGGAGAAUUAGGUUUAGUAUAUUGUUUGGAACAAGUAUUUCUGUAUGGAUUUAAAGCUACUCGAUUUUUUCGACAUGUUUAUUUGUGGGACUUUUUUGUGAAAGUGAAAGCUUAUUUUGAGACACUUUUACAAGAGGGCAAUGAUUUAAGCAAUCCAAUACCAAGAGAAUCUUUAGAGCAUAUCAUCGUAAUGCGUUCAUAUUGCAGUCUAGUUGAUAAGAUUGACAAUGCCUCAUGCUCAGUGGGGAAAGACGGAAAAUUUCAACUCUUCAUAUGUUUUGCUGCCAGAGAUCAUCUUCUUCAUCGAAUGUUACUGCACAUUGCAUCAACAUCAGUCACAUCCAACAUGUAUGAAGAACAGUCUUUCCUCAGAGACCCCAAUCUGGUCACUUUUCUGGUGCAAAUCCUCGAGUCCCUCUCGGAAUUCACAAUCACGCUAGAAACAUCUCUCACCAAAGGCAUAGAAAGCUGAGAAAGAGGGGUGGAAAUUGCUACACCUAGUAGAGUAAUUUUCAAAAAGAGUCCAAUGUUCCCAUCCAAGUCGCUAAUGUAGCUGUUUGUGCUUGUGCUGCUGAACAGUCCAGCCUGUCUAAGUUUCCAAAACAUGUUCUCUUCACGCAUUUGCUCAUUAAUGUAGAUUGCAGUUCAUCUUCCAGAUGCAUUUUAAAAAUGUUUUUAAACCAUAUUUUGUACGAAAUAGGCAAGUGAUUCUUGAUGACAGCAAAAGCAAGGGUUGUUGCAUCUCCUUAGAAAGGAAAUUAAGCAUUGAUUAGCAUUGCAUAGUUAAAUUGGAAUGAAAAUCCAGUGCUAAACUUGCAUGCAUUUUAUUUAAUUCAUCGGUUUAAGUACUAAAGUUUUGUGUGC